AAAUACAAAAUUUUUAUAUUAUUAUUAUUAUUAGUUCAUCUUUCGUCGUACUUCCCGAAACCUAUAAAAACAAAAAUCGCACUUCCCUUCAAUUAGCUUUGUCUCUUCGGAUUCAUUGACGAGUGUUCUGAGGAUAAACCAAUUCUUGGAAGUUUAAACAUGAAGCGAAAGCGGGGGCACAAAAAGGGAAAAUUCAAAGGGGCAUCUGCAGCAGCUAGAAAGGAGGCUAUGUCAAAUGCUGUUAGUCUUAAUAACACAGAAGAUAAUUCCGAUAAGGUGGAUGAGUAUGGAAAUGAUGAAUAUGAGUCAACGAUGGAGAUUAAUACACCUUCUUCAACUGGGACUGAUCAGCCCCUGAAUGUUGCAAAUAUAAACCCCGAUGGGUCAAUUGAUAAGGCUUUAGGAAAGCCAGUUGGACGUGUGAAAGUGAAAUUGAAGACUUCAAAAAUUUUGGAUUCUUCACAUAGUGAUACUGAUAAGAGUAGCUCGCAAAUGGGUUUCGAGAGACAAGGUGGCAUUGUUGACAGAAUGGAGGACAGUGCUAUGUCAUUGGCCGAACUGAAAAUGGGUCUUUUGGGGAAUUCAAUGAGGAAAGCUGGGAGCAUUAAGAUUAAGCCAUCUAAGGCUUUGGCUGGUUCAAGUGUUGACAACACUAGCAACAAUGUCACGGCACAAGGCGAGAGUUCUUUUCAAAAACAACAUAAGAGACCUCGUACAGAUAAUCAAUAUGACAGAGAAGAACUAGAUGCAGCAUUGAUGGUAAUUAAGAAGGUAAUGAAAAUGGAUGCAGCUGAGCCCUUUAAUGCUCCUGUGAAUCCUGAAGCUUUGGGAAUACCAGAUUAUUUUGAUGUUAUAGAUACACCAAUGGAUUUUGGAACAAUAUGUUCAAAUCUUGAAAAUGGUGAUAAGUAUAUGAACUCAGAAGAUGUCUACAAGGAUGUACAGUACAUCUGGGAGAAUUGUAACAGGUAUAAUAACAAAGGUGACUAUAUCUUGGACCUUAUGAAGCGGGUGAAGAAAAAUUUUAUGAAGUACUGGAUGGCAGCUGGGUUAUACAGCGAACAACCAAUUGGAAACAAUGGUGUCGAAAUUAUUCAAAUUGAAAAUGCUGCCCAGUCCAGUCAAGGAAAAGUACACAUUAAAGGUGGCCAAUCAAAGCAGAAGUCAGGAAAACGUCAUGGAAGGCGUCAUAAACAUGAUUGUUUAUGUGCUAUAUGUGUUCUAAAACGCCGCAAAAGGGAGCGUGAGGAGAGUGCUCGAAUCGCUAACCGCCAGAUUGGAGUUGGUGUUCAAGAGGAAACUUCUCCCGUAGAAAGUCCUGGUGGUGAUGAUUCAUCAUCAGAUUCAGGUGAAUCACAAGAACUUGAUGCAGAUACUGAGGUUGAAGGGAAAAGACAGGAGAUGAAAAUGCUGAGUACAAAGCCUCAAUAUAGCCAUAUGGACAGGAAGCAUGAGGCAGAUGAGGACGAAGAGGAAGAGGAUGAGGAGGAUGAAGAAGAGGAUGGAGAAGAAGAAGAUGAAGAGAAUGAGACGGAGAUUCAAAAGAAAGGUGAGGGUGAAGUCUCAAGAGAGUCUAUCAGACAAUCUGAACCAGGAAAAGCUCAGCAGCCUGGAGCAGGAGUCCAGAUACAUUCCCUGGGGCAUGAGGACGAAACUGCCACUGUUAAGGAGAAAAUGGAUAAGGAGUCACAAGAUUGGGAAGGAAAAGCGAAGCUGUACAGUAACUUCCAAGUUGAAAGUCCCAUGCUUUUGAAUUUAUGUGGAAUUCUCUUCCCCAACAAUAAAAAAUCUGUCUGGAAUGGACCUCAUUCCCUGCUUCACUGCCAGGAUUCUACUCAUAAUAAUUCCAUUCAUGCAGCUAUCGAGUCGCUAAUGAAGUAGUGAUUAUUGGUUUUGGAGGUGAUUCAACAAGUCUGAAGUCAGAGACCUCUGGAUUGAAAAAUGUCUAACUCUCCAGCGACUCAAGUGGCCAUUUUACGUUUUUACUAUGCUUUAUACGCAAUGCUAACUGUCUUGAGCAUCUGAACUUUGGUAACGAUAUAUAAGCAAAGUGGUCCUCUGAAGCCAUGGCUAAACUUCUGAAAUUAAUUUUUAUUGCACUCCAAUUAUUAAGAACUUCUGUAAUUGUAUAGAGAUUCUGGGAUUAAAUGCAGUUUAGAGAGGGUAGGCAGAGUUAGUGAGCCCGCCCUUGUCCAGAAUUCAUUGGCUGAUCUGUAUUACUGAUUAAAUUCUUCCACAUCUUAUGGUCAAGAAAUUUCAUCAUA